AUGGCGCCCCGUUCGGUCCUUGUGGGUGCGCUCCUGAGCGCUCUCGCCCUGGCGGCCCCGGCUGAGGCUGCAGUUGCGGCGGAAAAGGUCGCACCGGUGUCGCAGGCAGGUGCUCCGCUCUUCCCCAGUGAAACGGUCCAAUUGACCAACGUUGCCCUGUCGAACCUGGAUGCCAAUCAGUCUGCCCUCUUUGGCUUCGCAGGUAAUGCUUCGAGCCUGUCCGCUCGGACUCAGAGUGGCUGCAAGGUUUAUCCUGGGGAUUUCUGGUGGCCCUCGCACUGGGUGUGGUCGCUGUUUGACGAGCUUCUGGGUGGCGCUCUGAUCAAAACGGUGCCCCUGGCUGCGUCCUGCUACAACUCUUGGCCCGAGUACGAUGCCACUGAAUGUGAAACAGUGACGGACAACUGGACGAACUCCAAUCUCCAUGCUGCCGAUGCUGCCUCUGUGAUGUGGCCCUUGUUUGAGGGCAGGACUUGUCUCCCCACUACUAAUGCCUCCGCAUCCUGCACGGUGGGUGGUUAUAGUAGUUAUGCUGUCAAUGUCACCAAUGUGGCCCAGAUCCAGCUGGCGGUCAACUUUGCCCGCAAUGCUGGCCUUCGUCUGGUCGUCAAGAACACUGGCCAUGAUUUCAGCGGCAAGUCCACCGGUGCUGGUGCUCUGGGUAUCUGGACUCACCACCUGAAGGAGAUCGAUUACAUCGAGAACUAUCAGAGCUCGAGCUACCAGGGCCCCGCGGUCAAGAUGGGUGCUGGUGUGCAGGCGUUUGAGAUUUAUGAGAAGGGCAAAGAGCUUGGCUUUACUGCUGUUGGUGGCGAAGGCAGGACCGUCGGUGUUGCCGGUGGCUACGUGCUCGGUGGUGGCCACUCGCCCAUGUCCAGUAUGUAUGGUCUGGCCGCAGACCAGGUCCUCGCCAUGGAGGUUGUCCUAGCGAACGGUCGCUUCGUCACUGUGACUGAGGAGAGCGACCCCGACCUCUUCUGGGCCAUUCGUGGUGGCGGUGGCGGUACCUUCGGUGUUGUCACGUCUGUCAUUUCCCGCGUCCAUCCCAAGGUCGGCGCCACUGUCUCUACGUUCAGCUUCUCCACCGGCACCGACGUUUCUGUGGAUGCCUUCUGGGCCGGUGUCCGCUCGUACAUGGAGCGCUUCCCGGCUCAUGCUGAUGCUGGCACUUACGCCUAUUUCUGGAUUAUUGCGACCGGUCCCAACUCCUUCCUCUUCCUGAUGAACCCCUUCUUCGCCGUCAACCACACCCUUGCUCAGUACAACGCGCUCGUGCAGCCCUGGUACAAUGACCUCGAGGCGCUGGGAAUCCCCUUCACCCCCAACUCGACUUAUUAUGACAACUUCUACGAUGCCUGGAGCGCCGGCUUCCCUCUGGAAACCGUCGCCUUGUCCACCAUGCUGACUGGCUCCCGCCUGUUCCCCCGCGCUAACUGGGAGAGUGAGUCCUCCUUGAACGCUACCUUCGAUGCCCUCCGCUCCACGAUCAGCGCCGGCUACAACGUGCUCGCCUUCAACAUGAAGGCCGAGCUGCCCACCGGCUACACCCCCAACUCCGCUAACCCGGCCUUCCGCACCACCCUCAUGCAUGCUAUCACCUCCACCAGCUGGGAUGCCGACGCCACCAAUGCCGAGAUCAAGUCGAACAUGGAUUAUUUCACCAACACCAUCCUCGGCCAGUGGCGUGCCACCUGCCCCGACGCUGGUGCUUACAUGUCCGAGUCGGAUAUCCUGGAGCCCAACUUCCAGCAGGCUUUCUACGGCUCCAACUAUGCUCGUCUGUAUCAGCUGAAGCAGCGCUAUGAUCCUACUUCCCUGUUCUAUGCCCCCACUGCCGUGGGUAGCGAGCACUGGGUAGUGAAGAGCGAGGAUGGUCUUCCCGAUCAGAACGGUCGCCUGUGCCGCGUUUAA